AUGGACACGUGGCAAUCAGGAAUAGGCAACGUCGUCCAGAGGGUCAUGAUACACGGGAAGACAAAGAUGAAACCGGCUAUACCCGGUGAAAGCUUGAAAUCAACGGCUGGUCUUCGUCUAAUAACCCAGAAAGACAACCUUAAAAACUUGAAAGAACAACGUGAGCUCUCCUUUGUGUUCCAUCUCUCUGCUCGCUCUGCUUCUCUCUUCUGCAAUCUCUCUGCUCGCUUCAGGCUUAGCUCUACUCAGCGUUUGAAGGUUGAAGAAGGAAACUAA